AUGUUGUUGAUGUUUAUAGCUAUCAAUGGUAAUAACAACAACAACACUGAUGUCCUCGUAGAGAUAUGCAAAACGAGAGACAAGACCGUGUCUCUUCUACAUUCGCAUAUUUUGAUGUUUGUGAUCAAACCUCCUGCAUAUCUCAAUGAUAAUGUCAAUUAUCAUCGCAAGAAGAAGUUUUUUAAGAGAUUUGAUAAACGUGUGAAUAAUAAUCAAACUUACGAUCUUCGCUUGAUUAUUCUUCGACAUGCGGAACGAGUUGAUCUAGUCUUAGGUGAAAGCUGGUAUGAUCAUGUUUUCGGUGGUGUACCAUCAGCACCACCUCAGAGCUAUCAACAUGCGCUUCUACCACAAGCAUUACCGCAUCGUAUAAAUACGUUACUCUAUGUAUUUGAUCCGCCGAUAACACGAUCUGGUGAACAGAAAUCUUAUGCGAAAGGACAAGAAUUAGGCAGAUAUGGCAUUAACGUUGACCAUUGUUAUUCAUCACCUGCUUGUCGGAGUGUUCUUACGGCAAGUGCAGUUUUAGAAGGUAUGAAUCGACCUUCUGUUCCAAUUCGACUCGAACCUUAUUUAUUCGAACCAAUGGCUUGGAAUCAGCCAUUACAAAUGUUAGACACGAUUUCACCGUUCAUGUCCACACGCGACUGGUUACAAGCUGGCUAUAACAUUGACCGUCAUUAUCAACGUCUCAAUGAUUAUUUGAAUCCCACAGAAAAUGAAUACGACUUUUACAAUCGAAGUCAGUACUUUUUUCAAUCAAUUGAACGGCGUCAUGGUGGUGCGGCAGCUGGAGCGGGUCGUGGAUUUGGCCGAUCACGACGUUCGAAUGUACUUAUUGUUGGUCAUGCAGCAACACCACUAGUCUUUCAACAUAUGGCUUUUCGGCAGCCGUUCAAUGCUGAAGCUUUCGGACAGCAAUGCGGCAACAUUGGUUUUCUUCAUACACUUGUUCUUGAACGUAAUGCAGCAAAUCGCACGUGUAAUAAACGAACGGGAGAAGAACAAGAGCAAUCAAGGCGUAAAGCUUUAUACAAAUAUUUGAUCUGUUCGAAGAAGAAAACGAAAGUAAUAAUGACCAAGACAAGCGAUGAUACAGAUUCACUUCAUAUAGAAGAAGAUUUGGAUACGGCUUUUGGAACAAUUAGACGACCUCCGACAUGUAUGAAAUCACCUUCGGCAACAAUUCGAAUACCAGUUAGAUCAAAUGAAUGCCUGAAUUGUACUGUUCGAUCAAAACAUAAGUCCAAAACUCUAUCGAGAAAAAAACCAUUAACACGAUAUAUUUAUCCAAGGAUCCCAUCACGUAGUGAAUCAUUAAUACAACAACCAGCAGAUUAUUAUGAACGAGACAGUUACCAUCAUCAUUAUCGUCACCAUCAUCAUCAUCAUCAUUACUCGCAUGAACAACUAUUUUCUCAAGGUCAGCCGCCACCAUCUGAUGGUUGUGAUAUGCGUUUUUUUAUUAUACGACAUGGUGAACGUGUUGAUCGUUAUUUUGGUUCAAAUUGGUUUAUGUUAGCUUUUGAUCAUUUGGGUCAAUAUCGUCCUUAUCAUAUAAAUUAUCCACCGGAUUUACCAGCACGGCCGAACAAAUAUUUUUGGGCACUUGACACGCCAUUAACACGUGAUGGUUUAAAUGCUGCACAAAAUGUUGGCCGAGUUCUUGGAUUGAAUCAAUUCGAGCCGUCUUACGUGUAUUCUUCGCCAGCGAUGCGAUGUAUUUUCACGACAUAUCAGAUAUUGAAAGGUCUCGGUUUAGAAAACAAACUAUCCAUACGUAUCGAACCUGGCCUGUUAGAAUUAGGUGCCGCACGAUUUGGCAUGAGUUUUUUUCUCAAGCCAAUCGACUGGUAUAACUAUGGUAUUAAUGUUGAUCUAUCUUAUCAACCGAUCAUACAAAAUAUUGACCCAUUAGAACGUGAAAGUGCCUAUUAUCUUCGUUCGAAAUUUAUCAUCCGUCAAAUAGAACAAACACAUUGUACUGCAUCGUCACCUUCAACACUGAACAUUCUCAUUGUUGGUCAUGCAACUUCACCUGAAACGUUAACAUGGGAUUUAGUCGGACGUCAACCUAAUGUGUAUGACUUAUUCACUCUAUCGUUAAAUAUUGGCUAUUUACAAAUGGUCAUAACUGAACGACAAAAAAGUUCCAAGUCUUGGUCGUUGACAGAAAUGCCAUUACAAUCAACCACACUCAAAUGGGUUUGA